GGCGCGAGUGAGUCUAGUUUUGAACUUCAAGUCAGAGGCAUACGAGAAAGUGUCUACCAUAUCCACCAUGCCGAAGUUCGCGAGGAGCCCGAGCGCGCUGUUCUCCCUGCUGCUGCUGCUGCUGCUGCUCGCCCACUGCCUGCUGCCGGCCGAGUCGACGAUAUGCUGGCUGAGUUCGUCGGACUACUUUCGCGACCGGUCGCCGCUGCUGCUCAAGGCCAACGCGAACGAGUUCGUCUAUCCCAAAAAGUGCGGCUCCAAGACCGUGCGCCUGUCCUUCCACGAGCGCCCGCGGAUCGCCUGCCCGGGCGACGCCAUCAGCGUCCGCGGCUCGCGCACCAAUCUCGCCCAGGCCAGCCUCGUCUGCUACGGCCUCACGCUGUUCGGCCUGGCCGGCUCGAGCUACACCGCGCCCUACCGGAAGAUCCGCUGCGGCCGCCAGCCCGAGGUGAGGAUGCAGCCCAUCAGCCAUCAGCCCACUUGCGUCAACGGCAACAUGUAUAGGGUGGGCUUCGCCCUCUCGGCCACCUCGUUCGUGCCCACCAUCGAGGAGCUGUGCCUCAAGUCCUACGCGCAGCCGCUGUGGACGCACCACAAGGUAGUUCCCGGCCUGGCGAAGGUCACGAGGAAGCUGUCGAUGAGAGACGACGACAGGCUACCCAGCGACGUCUGGGAGAGCUGGCAACGCUAUCCGGGCACCAACAACAAGACCCCCUCCCACGACGACGACGUGGUGUCGGCGAUGAUGGUGCCGCGAGAGGACAUGUUCUAUAGAGCGCAGCAGGACAGCGUGACCGGGACUCUGAUUAACAGUGUGCCGAUGAUCGAGCGCGUGAGAAGCGGUAACUGGCGAACGGUCGAGGACAUCGUGAGGCAGCUAGCCAGCAAGACGCCGUGUGCGACUCUGGACGUCUGGACCAGUCGUUACGACGGCCAGGCGAGUGCGGCCGUGCAUCCGAGCAGAGUGCGUCGCCAGGCCAUCCAAGAUGAACCCACAACCACCGAGAUGCCAACUACGACUGCGGGUGCAACCACGACAACGACCGAGGCCGCUACCACGACUACGAUGCCGACGACGACAACGACCGAAGCCGCUACCACGACUACGAUGCCGACGACGACAACGACCGAGGCCGCGACUACGACUACGAUGCCGACGACAACGACCGAGGCCGCUACCACGACCACGUCUACGAUGCCGACGACGUCAACGACCGAGGCCACGACCACGACCACGUCUAGGAUGCCGACGACGACAACAACCGAGGCCACGACCACGACCACGUCUACGAUGCCGACGACGACAACGACCGAGGCCACGACCACCACCACGUCUACGAUGCCGACGACGACAACGACCAAGGCCACGACCACCACCACGUCUACGAUGCCGACGACGUCAACGACCGAGGCCACGACCACGACCACGACCACGACUACGAUACCGACGACGACAACAACCGAGGCCACGACCACGACCACGACUACUAUGCCGACGACGACAACGACCGAGGCCACGACCACCACCACGACUACGAUGCCGACGACGACAACGACCGAGGCCACGACCACGACUACGAUGCCGACCACUACUGUGACGACGACGACUGCGGCGCCAACAACAACUACGACUACAACUACGCCUGCUCCACCACCAACCAACGCCAUCCCGCGCUUCGUCUUCAAGAUGGUCGUCGACAAGUCCCGCAACCGCGGAAUUGUCUUCGUUACCUACAACGACCCGUACACCAAUGCGAUCGGCCCGCAGCAGCAGCUGUGCCAGCCUUACGGCCGCUGCCAAUGGCUCUUCCCCGAGUUCAACGUCAUCAGUCGCGGCGCCACGCACUGCUGCACCCUCGACGCUUUCGCCCGCGUAGCCAAGGAAGUGGGCUUGCCCACUUUCCCCGGCGUGCAGCCACUGUUCUAAGCUCGCUCCGUGCGCUAUGCUGCUUUGUCACGGAACUUCGUUCGCAAUAAAGCUCCAUUUAU